AGCGAGUUCCGGGUUGUAUCUUAACUACAAUGUCUGCCUUAAUGGUUGACGGAGCAGGCUCUAGGGAACCGGCCGGAGUUAGCGGGGUUAGCUUAGCCCGAGUAGCCCUCCGGCGAGUCAUCUUCAGCUGUCAGUCUGCCAGCAUGCUAACAGCCGCUUAACCACCGCAAACGCACUGCGCCUGUCUCCGUUAGACUUCCGAACCGGGCCGUCCAGCCGCUGAGCCAUGCGACAGUGGUGUGUCCCCGUAGCGACCCGAAGCACGGAGCCACUCCCGGGGCGCCUCUCCCUGUCGCCCCCUCCUUCAGAUGCCAGGAUGGAGUGUUGCCAGGUGGAGCCGCGCUACACCAUCGAGCAGAUUGACCUCCUCCAGCGCCUGCGCCUCUCCGGUAUGACCAAACCUCAGAUCGUUCACGCUUUGGAAUCUCUGGAGAGGCUGGACCCAGACCACCGCACACCUCACUGUGACUCCCACCGUGCUCCUUCCGACAACAACAAUCCUUCCGACAACAACAACGCCACGGCCGCCACCACACCCGCCCUGGCCGCUCCAGCUCCCACCUCGUCUUCUUCGUCGUCCACCUCAUCGCUUUCCCUGGCGUCGGCCACCACGCAGACCUCCGGGCUAGACGGCCCCGCCCUGUCCCCCAGCAACAGCUUCGAGGCCUCUCCUCCGCCGCUAUACCCCCCCGCUGUAGCCGUGCAGCGCUCGUUCAGCUACGACAUGGUCGGGGAGGAUGAGUGGGACCUGGAGGAGAAGGUGGAGGAAUACAUGAGGAGGGAUAGCAACCUGGUGAAAGAGGAGAUCAAAACCUUCCUCAACAACCGCAGAAUCUCUCAGGCAAUCGUUGGACAGGUUACAGGAAUCAGCCAGAGUUACAUCUCCCAAUGGCUGCUGCAGCAAGGCCUGGAGAUGAGCGACUCCAAACGCAGAGCUUUCUACCGCUGGUACCUGCUGGAGAGAAAUAACCCAGGGCCCAGGUGGAGCGAAAACCAGCACAGCGUGAGUCCCACGCCCAGGGCCAGGGGAGGGGACAGAGACGGGCUGGUGGCGGGGGCGAGCGGCAGCCUCCCCAACCCAAACACCAACCUCAACCCCAACUCCAACCCCGUGUGGAGCAGGCAGAGAGAGCUGCUGAUGCAUUUGCUGCCAUGGUACACUGCCGCAGUCCAGCCAGGCGCUACUUUGUCGAUGCGAUCAAUGGUGAAGGAGGAACCGGACUGGCGGACAGGCAUCAUGGUCGGAGACAGGGCAGGCAUAGUCAGUGCGCCGUUGAGGCUGCGUCGAGGAAGCAGGUUCACCUGGAGGAAGGAGUGUCAGUCCAUCAUGGAGAGUUUCUUCGUGGAGAACCAGUAUCCCGACGAGGCAAAGCGGGAGGAGAUUGCCAACGCCUGCAACUCAGUCAUCCAGAAACCAGGUUGCAAACUGUCUGAGUUUGAGCGCGUGACGGCUUUGAAGGUCUACAACUGGUUCGCUAAUCGCCGCAAGGAGAUGAAGAGGAGAGCCAACAUUGAAGCUGCCAUUUUGGAGAGCCACGGCAUUGAGGUCCCGAGUCCGAGCUGCCACUCAAACGGAGAAGACAGCGAGAUGCAAGAGUUUGCGGAUCAGGUGAAUCACCGCUUCUCCGAGCAGGAAGAGGCCUCGACCCAACAAGACCCCUCUGUGAGGGCCACCCCCGACGCCUUGCAGGCGCCGGAACAGAAGGAGGGCGAGCCAAAAAUGGAGACCGUGGAUGAAGAGUGACUAAAACCGGUGAUCUCAAUUUGAUUUUUAAUCAAAAUACUUCAAAAAAGAAGGGGAAAAAUAGUCUGCUUCCUCCUCAUGGGGGGCUGAAGACACCCUUAGAAAAAUCAAAGGGUGCUAAAUAGGCUGCCUAAUUUAUCAUGCUUAUGUUAACAGCAAUAUACAGUACAUAUAUGAAUAUAUACUUGAACAUAUAUCAAUAUGUAGUGCAUUCCAAGGUGGUAUUAAUAAGCCUGAAUUCCAUAGAAUUACCUAAUGGAUACCUCACCCAUUUCACACAUUGGUGUGUUUUUUGUUCCAUGCUUUCUUUUGGUGCUGAGCGGUCAUGUGACCAACGCCUGCAGGUCAGGUGACGCUGUCCUCGUUUGCGCGUGCGUGUGUGUAUGCGUACGUACGUGCGUGCGUGCGUGCGUGCGCGCGUGCGUGUGUCAAUUUUCUGGUGCUGGCCUCCGACCUCACAAAGCGGACUGAUCCAAGUCUCCAUCAAUGUUUGCAAAGCCCUGAGGGACACCUGGAAUCUCAGGGAAUCCAACAAUGGUGGAUAAGGACGAAGAAGAAGAAGUGCACCAAGUGCGUGUGUGAGUGUGCUUUUUCUUCCCUGCUCUUAACCCAAACAGGAUCUUCUAUUUAUACAUCUUUUAUUAGUAGAACAAAGCCAGAACUAUCCAUCAUGUCUUUGUUCAAGUCAAUGCUGCUCACUUCGCUCUCUCCCCCCCCCCCUUCCUCAUCUAACCUCAUUUUCUCAUGCCGAUGUCAGCCUGUGAAGCUUCUCUUGAAAAGAAACGUAAAUGUGAUUGAAAAUCAUGAGGCGCCCUCCUAACUUCUUAUUGGAAUAAGCUAAAAGCUUCGGCUGCGCAUACUGCACUUCAAAGUGAAUCUCACUCUAAUAUUAUUAUGAAUAACACCGCUUGUGUACAUAACCCAGAGGAUUAACGGCAUUUAUGGGUGCUUCUCUUCAAACUAACAUUAGCAAGAAACUAAAUAAAUAUAUAUAUAUGUACUGUAGGAUUAUGGCGUUGCUCCACAAAGUGUUCAUGAAAUGAACAAAGAUGCUUGUAAUAUACUUUUAUUGAUGCCAAAGGUGUGGAUGAUGAUGCCCAGUCUAACACUAGCCAACUCUCUUAAAGAGGAAUAGUUCUGUAUGGUGGAAGUGUUACACGCCAUUGUUGUCACCCUUCAUGAUACACUGAAGUGUUUAUGCCGGUGGGGGUGGGGUCAAAAAGAGGAUUAUUAUUAUUAUUAUUAUUAUUUUUAUCGUCAUCAUCAUUAUUAUUCUGCUUUUUAUCUGACAGUGAGGGACAAUAAAAUUCUUGUUAACACUG